GUUAAUGCGGCCUUUGUGUCCCAUCUCAUCUCUCAUUCUGCUCGCAAUUCUGCCACUUGACAACCCUCACAAUGUCCAACGCUUCUCCUGCUGCCCAGCCGCCGCUAAGAAUUGGCACUCGAAGGUCAAUUCUGGCCGUAGUACAAGCCGAGGGCAUCCGCGAUAACUUGCAAAAGGUUGCUCCUGGUCGAUCCUUCGAAAUUGAGUCACUUCACACUCUUGGUGACAAGGACAAGUCGACAGAGCUCUAUAACUUUGGCGCAAAGAGCUUAUGGACAGCUGAACUUGAGGAAAAGCUUACUUCUGGCCAACUGGAUGUUGUCGUGCAUUGUCUCAAAGACAUGCCGACUAGGCUUCCGGAAACAUGUGAUCUCGCGGCUAUUCCUCUACGUGAUGACCCUCGUGACGCUCUAAUCGUCAAAGCUGGUCUGCCGUAUACUAGCUUAAAGACACUGCCUGAAGGCGCAGUGGUCGGCACUUCAUCUGUGCGGAGAUCUGCGCAGCUCCGUCGUCUUUACCCUCACCUCCGGUUUGCCAAUCUACGUGGUAACGUUGAAACACGUAUGGCCAAAAUCGACAAUCCUGAAAGUGAGUAUACGUGCAUGAUCAUGUCUGCGGCCGGCCUCGAGCGCCUCGGCCUCCAGCACCGCAUCAACCAGUACAUAGGUUCAAAAGACGGAGGCAUUUUGCAUGCAGUCGGCCAGGGGGCGCUUGGCCUGGAGAUCCGCAAGGGAGAUGCGAAAGUGUUGGAGUUACUCAACCAACUGGCCGAUAAAAAAUCUACUCUUGCUUGUCUCGCCGAGAGAGCUCUCUUGUAUACCCUUGAAGGAGGCUGCACUGUCCCUAUUGGCGUCGAGACGGAAUGGAUUGAUGAAGCGAAGCACAUUCUGCAAAUGAGAGGAAUAGUUGUCAGCCUCGACGGUACUCAAAGUGUCCAAGAUUCUGUUGAUGCGAUAGUAAAGACCAAUGAUGAAGCCACGGCACUUGGCGAAGAGUUGGCCGCGAAACUUGUGAAAGGAGGUGCAGAUGCAAUUCUGAGAGAAAUCAACGUCAACCGGCCACCAAAGGAUUAAUGGUACCACGAUUGUAUGUAAAUGUAUAUAGCAAUGGCAUAUGAAAUACCCUCC